AUGGCGUACCCGUACGAGACGCAGACGGCGCUGCAUCGCGCGUUCCCCGGCACGGGCUUCACGUCGCCCGAUAUGCGGCAAGACGCCGGUCAACAGCGUCUCACGUACCUGUUGCACGUCGCACAUCAGCAGUACGCGGCCGGGUAUUACCAGGAAGCACUGCAUGUCUGCGAAGAGCUCUACGAGUUGGACACGCGUCGGGUGGACACGUUGUUGCUGCUGGGGGCACUGCACUUCCAGCUCGGCAACAUGUCGGAGAGCAUCUUUUACAACCAGCAGUGCAUUCGGGUGGCGCCCGACUUUGCCGAAGCGUACGGCAACUUGGGCAACGCGUUGAAGGAACUGGGCGACUUGACGAGUGCGGUGCUGUUUUACCUGCGGGCGAUCAAGUUGAACCCGCGCUUUGACGACGCGUACAACAACUUGGCCAACUGCUACAUGCUCUUGGGACAGAGCAAAGACGCCGUCGAGACGUACAAGAUGGCGCUCGCGCUGGACCCGCAGCUCGUGGACGCCCACAGCAAUUUGGGCAACUUGUACAAGCUCUUGGGCCAGCACGAGGACGCCAAGCGCUGCUACGCGCGAGCGAUUCGUUUGAAGCCUCGGUUUGCGAUCGCGUGGAGCAACUUGGCCGGCCUGCUCAAGGACGAGGGUCAGCUGGACGCUGCCAUUGAUCACUACCGAGAAGCCAUCCGACUUGCACCGGACUAUGCCGACGCGUACAGCAAUCUGGGCAACGCGUUGAAGGAGGCAGGCCGAGGAGACGAAGCCAUUCAGGCGUACAAGUCGGCGUUGCAGGUCCGACCAAACUUUGCGAUUGCGCAUGGCAAUUUGGCCAGUUGCUACUACGAGGCAGGCCAGAUGGAGCUGGCGAUCCACACGUUUCGCCACGCGAUUCAGCUCGAGCCGAACUUCCCAGACGCGUACAACAAUCUAGGCAAUGCGCUGCGCGAAUGCGGCCAGCUGGAACAGGCCGUCACGUGCUACCGCACGGCCCUGCAGCUCAAACCCGACCAUCCGCACGCGUUUAACAAUUUGGGCAAUGCGCUCAAGGACAAGGGUCUCGUGAAAGAAGCGCUGCACUGCUACACGACUGCGGCGCGUUUGCUUCCCCAGUUUGCCGCAGCACACAGCAAUAUUGGCAGUGUCCUGAAGGAACAAGGCAAGCUGGACCAGGCGCUGGCCCACUACCAGCAGGCCAUCACGAUUGACCCGAACUUUGCCGACGCGUACAGCAACAUGGGCAAUGUGUUUAAGGAUUUGUGCCGGCUAGAGGAGGCUAUCCAGUGCUACUCGACGGCCAUCCGGCUGAAGCCGCAGUUCCCUGAUGCUUAUAGCAAUCUAGCGAGCACGUACAAGGAUGGCGGCCGUCUCGUCGACGCCAUCACGUGCUACCGCAAGGCCCUUGCGCUUCGCCCGCACUUCCCUGAUGCGUUUGCAAACUACUUUCACUCGAUGGUAUUUAUCUGCGACUGGCAAUCGCGCACGCAGGACACGGAGACACUGCAACGCUUUGUGGACGAGCAGCUGAGCGUGGAAGGCAUACUGCCGUCGGUGCAGCCAUUCCACGCGCUGGUGUACCCUCUGUCGAUGCAGCGAUUCCAGGACAUUUCACGGCGCUAUGCCGAGCGCGCCAAGCUGAAUGUGAGUCUCGUUGACUUGCCGCCCAUGUACUUCAGGAGGAAGCGCGAGUCGGAGCGCCUUCGCAUUGGCUACGUGUCGUCGGACCUGGGCAACCACCCGCUUGCACACCUCAUGCAGAGCGUGUUUGGCAUGCACGACAAGAGCAAGUACGAGGUGUUUUGCUACGCUACGUCUCCCGACGACGGGUCGAUUUGGCGCAAGCAGAUCGCUGGCAGUGUUGAGCACUUUGUCAACAUUUGUGCGCUGUCGAACGGCGAUGCUGCGCGCACCAUUUACGCCGAUAGCAUUCAUAUUCUCGUGAACUUGAACGGCUACACGAAGGGCGCGCGCAACGAGAUCUUUGCGCUCCAGCCGGCGCCUGUGCAAGUGAGCUACAUGGGGUUCUGCGGCACGCUGGGCGCCGACUACAUUCAGUACAUGGUGGGCGAUGCCACGGUCGUACCUCCAGAGUACCGACAGUACUUCACCGAGAAGCAGAUCAACAUGCCGCACUCGUACUUUGUGAACGACCACAAGCAGUCGGCGCGCGAGGUGCUGGACACGUCCAAGUGCCCGACGCGAGCGGAUUACGGUGUGCCGGAGGACAAGUUUGUGUUUUGCAACUUCAACCAGGUGUACAAGAUCGACCCUGUGACGUUUACGACCUGGAUGAACAUUCUCAAGCGCGUGCCAGACUCUGUGCUGUGGCUGCUGCGGUUCCCACCGAUCGCAGAGGCAAACAUUCGCGCCGAGGCGCGUGCUCGCGGAAUCGAAGAUGAGUCGCGUCUGGUCUUCACGGACGUGGCGUCCAAGGACGAGCACUUGAAGCGCGGGUACCUGGCCGACUUGUUUCUGGACACGCCCGAGUGCAAUGCGCACACGACUGGAUGUGAUAUUUUGUGGGGAGGGACCCCGAUGGUGACGAUGCCCAAGGACCGCAUGGCUACGCGCGUGGCCUCGAGUUUGCUGCGCGCCGCCAACAUGGGCGAGCUCAUUACUACUUCGCUGGAGGAGUACGAGGAGCUUGCCGUGGCGCUGGCCGUCGACACAGACCGGCUGUGGAAGCUCCGACGACGGCUUGAAGACGAGCGGUUGCGCAGCCCGUUGUUCGACACCCAGAGGUGGGUACGGAACCUCGAGCUGGGCUUGGGCUUGGCAUGGGAGCGCCACGAGAAUGGGCUCUUACCCGACCACAUCGACGUGCCCGACGUCAACGACCUGGAGCAGCAAAAGUCAAGAAAGCGCAAGACUUGCGACAGCCAGCUGCAGUCCAGCAGCACAACUGCCGAGCACGCACGAACGGACUGUAGCCGCAAACGUUGCGAAUCUGUUGGCAGCAGCGCGCUGCCGAUGACCGCGUCGCUGUCCAGCGGCACGUCAGCUGUCACGAGCUCGAGCCCAGUCUACGAGGACCAAUGA